AUGGAGCCACGGAUCGCUGGGAUAAUGUACAUUUUGAUCACUUUCGCUCUCGUCAACGAAAUAGCAUUUAAUGUUCAAGCGAGAGACAACAACAACAAGCGGCGCGCCAAGGAAAAGACUGGCGGCUUCCAAAAGAAUAUCUGCGACAUAACCGAUAGAGACUCAAAAGUUCACUGUUAUUGUGAAAACACGCGAGAACCACGGAAUGCGUCGAAAGCGGAAUGCUGGGUAUUCAACGGUGGCAUACCCCGCGACGAUCUCAUCUGGCAGAGUUUCGCGUCGCAACCAACUUUGCAAACUUUGUCUUUUAACGUCCGCGUCGAUGGCGCUUUAGGCUACGUGCCCACAAAAGCGCUCCAUUACUUACAAAGACUCCGAUCCAUUAACAUUAAGUAUGGGAACAUAGUCGACGUCACUUCGUUCGCGUUCGCCAACUUAACCAAUCUAAAGGAGGCGACUUUAUCUCAAAAUCAAAUUGAAACGCUCCAGCAAUACGCAUUCGCCCAUUUACCGAAUAUUACCACGAUAAAUCUAGAGGAUAAUAUGAUUAUUGAAGUCGGAACAUUAGCGUUUUACGAGGUACCAAAGUUGCAGAAACUUGUGUUUACAAAAAAUAACAUAUCGUCGAUUAAGGAUGGAGCAUUCCAGCAUACGUUCAAUCUACUGGAAUUGGACCUGAAUAAAAACAACAUAUGCCAUUUGAACCGUCGCACGUUUGAUGGAUUGGCCAACUUGAGGAAAUUGGAUCUGCGAAGAAACCGCAUUUACAAUCUAACUGAGUUCACUUUUGCAGAGCUGUGGAACUUACAAGAAUUGUUGCUGGGGAAAAAUGACCUCAAGCAUAUUUCUGAACGUGCCUUCGAUGGCUUGUCUCAACUACGAAAGUUGUCCCUAGAUGAUAAUAAAUUGGCUUCGCUCCCGAAGGGGUUGUUUGAGGGUGUGAGGGGAUUGAGCUCACUGGAUUUGCGUUCUAACGAACUACAUGCAUUAACUUACGACAAUAUCAAGCCUAUAUUGGACAACUUGAAACCGCAGAACAGCAAUUUGCUUCUCGAAGAAAACAACUUUUUAUGCGACUGCCGUCUCAAAUGGAUGCACGCUCUUCGAAAUGACACAAAAAGUCAGAACACUAAGGAUUCUCUGGAACUAGUUACUUGCAAACUUGAUCCUCCGAUCGUUAGUUCGGCUUACAAUAAGAUUGAGCCUGUCGAUACCAAACUGGACUACAACCAAGAAAUUUUACAUCCAGGACUAUCAAUUGAGACUUCAGAUGAUAAAAAAAAUGGAACAGAAAACCUUGAAGACUUAAAAGAACAUGGAAGUAAUGAAAUAAGUUCAUCUAAAAAAGAAAUAAAAAGAAACGUACUGAAGAUAAAACCUGAAGCACUUCCAUGCCCGAAAGAAGCUGAAAAAACCACAGAAAUGCCUCCACAUGUUAUAGAUCCAGUUGUUCCAAUACAGAACGAAAUGAAAACCUUCAGGUUUCGUGAUACGAUGAGUAUUUCCCAUCAGCUGCACUAUUCGAGUAAUUUAGUUUCAUGGGGUGUGUGCUUAGUCUUAUUCUUUAUUUAGGUAUUGUAAGCUAAUUGUGUGAGUCUAGUCAUUAAUAAGUGAAGUGCUGACUUAUGACACUUGAAAGUAAACACUGAAUUUUUCAGAUACAAAAUUGAACUUUUUUUGAGGAGCUACAUCAAAUAUUAUAUUAAUUGUUUUAUAUUUAUGUCUCUUAAACUCGUUUUCAGAAUUAAUUUCAAUAAUAUGAUUUGUAAUUUUAUGAAUUUAAAAGUCGAGUUUUUUUAAACUGUUCAGGUAAAUAAACUAAGUAGACGAUUAGUUUGCUUUGAAAAAUAUUUUUAUCAUUACC